GCUACUCAACCCCUUCAGCCAUCCCUAAUACUAAUAGCAUCUUCACAUUUCCCCUCCUAGUUCUAGCUCAAUAGUGUUUCUCAAGCAGGAAGAGCAAGAAAAGAAAGAAAAAAAAAAAGAAUAUUCUUCUGUGAAAAAAAAAAUAUAAGGAGAGAAUGGGUUCUUUUCCGAUUUUGUUUUUUGUCUCCAUCUGGGUUCGUUUGCAUUUAGACGUUCGAGGGUUUUGAUGGUUUCCGAUAGAAAAAAAGGCCGUGGAGAAGAUAUUUAUUUGUAUCCACCACCAUCCCUUCCCUUUUUCUCUUUCUCUCAGGAAAGCAAUCUCUUUUUAGCGCCACCUUAUCGCUCUAUCUACCUCCAGCUGCCUCUCUCUCCUUCUGGAAAAGACCUAUCUUCCUCUGAUUGAUAAGGUUUCUGUUGGGGGAUAGGUAGGGGAAGAAGUAGAGAGGGAUGGAAGCUGUGCUUCAAACCAGAGGGCUUUUCUCACUGCCGCCUAACCCAAAAACCAGAGCUUUAUAUGCAUCCCAGGGUUUAAGGCAGAGGAUUUCGGCUUCAAAACCCAAAACCUCACCUGGGUUUUCCUUAUCUUCAAAUGGGGUUCGAAAAUUUCCGACCUUUGUGUCAACCCCCAAUGGUCUGUUCCCAAAGAACAGAACUUUGCAUAUGUGCAAGGCGGAAGCCGCCGCUGCUUCCGACGGGCAGCCUUUGAUUCGGAAGGAAGGUGAGAGCAAGAAGGUUCUAGGUGUCGAGGUUGAGACUCUGAAGAAGAUUGUUCCCCUAGGUUUGAUGUUCUUCUGUAUCUUAUUCAAUUAUACGAUUCUGAGGGAUACGAAGGAUGUGUUGGUUGUGACUGCUGAAGGGAGCAGUGCAGAGAUUAUCCCCUUUCUGAAAACAUGGGUGAAUUUGCCUAUGGCGAUUGGGUUUAUGCUUCUGUACUCCAAAUUGGCUAAUGUGCUGUCUAAGCAGGCUCUGUUCUAUACUGUAAUCCUGCCAUUUAUCGCCUUCUUUGGAGCUUUCGGGUUCUUCUUGUAUCCCUUGAGUCAUUAUAUUCAUCCUCACGCGUUUGCUGAUAAGCUUCUCAACGUGCUUGGCCCGAGAUUUCUUGGUCCACUUGCUAUUAUGAGGAUUUGGAGCUUUUGUUUGUUCUAUGUAAUGGCUGAAUUGUGGGGGAGCGUGGUGGUUUCAGUUCUCUUCUGGGGAUUUGCUAAUCAGAUCACUACUAUUGAUGAAGCAAAGAAAUUUUACCCACUGUUUGGGCUUGGUGCAAAUAUUGCCUUAAUUUUCUCGGGACGAACAGUUAAGUAUUUCUCUAAUCUCCGGAAGAAUUUGGGUCCUGGAGUUGAUGGUUGGGCUGUCUCCCUCAAAGGAAUGAUGAGCAUUGUUGUACUAAUGGGUGGUGCUAUCUGCUUCCUCUACUGGUGGGUAAAUAGAACUGCCACUCUUCCAACAGUCAGCAAGAAGAAGAAGGCAAAGCCAAAGAUGGGUACAAUGGAGAGCUUGAAAUUCCUCGUCUCUUCAAGAUACAUCAGAGACCUUGCGACUUUAGUUGUUGCAUACGGCAUUAGCAUCAACCUCGUUGAGGUCACAUGGAAAUCUAAGCUCAAGGCUCAGUUCCCUAGCCCGAAUGAGUACUCUGCAUUCAUGGGCGACUUCUCCACGGCUACUGGAAUAGCAACCUUCACGAUGAUGCUCGUCAGUCAAUACAUCUUCAACAAAUACGGAUGGGGAGCUGCAGCCAAAAUCACACCCACAGUGCUCCUUGUCACGGGUGUUGGGUUCUUUUCGCUGAUCUUGUUUGGUGGUCCUCUCGUACCAACACUUGCCAAAUUCGGGAUGACACCUCUGCUUGCAGCCGUCUAUGUUGGUGCCAUGCAAAAUAUCUUCAGCAAGAGUGCCAAGUAUAGCUUGUUUGAUCCCUGCAAAGAAAUGGCUUACAUCCCUCUCGAUGAGGAAACCAAGGUUAAAGGAAAGGCAGCCAUUGAUGUUGUCUGCAACCCCCUUGGGAAAUCAGGGGGAGCUCUGAUUCAACAGUUCAUGAUCUUGACCUUCGGUUCACUUGCCAAUUCGACUCCCUACCUUGGAGUGACCCUUCUGGGUAUCGUACUUGCAUGGUUAGCGGCAGCCAGGUCGUUGGAUGGCCAGUUCACUGCUUUGAGGCGGGAGGAUGAACUCGAGAAUGAGAUGGAAAUGGCUGCUGUGAAAAUUCCUGUUGUAUCCGAUAACGAAAGCGGGAAUGGGUCUCUUCGCAGCAGCAGCAGCAGCUCUGUCUCCCCAUUGAACCCUACCGCUAGUGACUCCUCAACCAGCAGCUCUUCAGCUCCCAAGAUGUAAGAACAAGUUGUUGUUUGGCGCCAGGUAGAAGUCCAGGAAAGAAUAGUGGAAGAAGAAUAAGGAAUGAACGAGAGCCUGCCAUGUUAGGUACCCAUUUGGUCAUUCGUAGAAUUUAGUGGGGAGGAAAGGAAAAAUAAUAUAGUCUAGGUAUGACGAUGGUAUGCGUCUUGAAUUUGUUGCUCUUGGGAUUUCGAAGGUUUUGUUCCUGGAGAUUGUUUCACUUGAUUUCAUUGUAGAUUUGAAUUUUUAGUCACCAGUUAAUGAGUAUAGAAGUUUCUGUUAAAACGUAAGGAACAACUUAUAAGAUCAGCGACUGUAGUGGUUAUUGCUAGUUUGGUUAUUGUCAAACUACAUAUUUUCAGCAUUGAAAUGUGCCUUAGCUUGAUACAAUAUUAUGAAAGUUGAUUUACUGCAAACCAUAUUUCCAAAGCUAGCUAU